CGAGAUCCCGCCGCCAUGGUGGCCGCCGGGGCAGCGCCCGCCGCGCCCCGGCCCAACCCCUCGCCGUCGCCGCACCGCCGCCGCCAAGCCUCCGCGCUCUCCCCGUCCAAAUCCACCAACGCCAAUGCCGACGCCAGGGCCGCCACCACCAAGCCCCGCGCCAAGGCCGUCUCCUCCCGCUACCUCCUCGCGCCCUCCUCCAAAUCCACCUCCACAUCCACCUCCACCUCCACCACCACCACCUCCUCCUCCAACUCCACCUCCACCUCCGCCUCCACGCCGUCCCGCCGCUUCGCGUCCCCCCUCCCGAGGCGCUCAUCCUCCGUCGACCGCCCGCGCCCGGCGGGCAAUGCCGCCCCCGGCGAGCCCAACGGGGCGACCACCACCACCACCAGGAGCCUCUCCGUCGCCUUCCAGGGCCGCUCCUACUUCCUCCAGACCAGCAAGGCCAAGCCAACCACAUCCCCCUCCCCACUCCGCCGCCCCUUCGCCGCACCACCACCACCACCAUCCUCCACCACGCCCGAGCGGAGGCGGCCUGCCGUGCCAGAGAGGGCGAAGGGGUCCGAAGCGGGCCACACCCACCAGCGCUGGCCAAUGUCGGCGCACGGCUUCGAAGGCAACCCCCUCACCAAGAGCCUCGACUGCUCCCUCCACAACAAGGGCGUGGCCGUCCUCGCCGCCGUCCGCUCGCUGCGCCACUCCAUGGCCUUCGACCACCACCACAACCCACGCCACCCCUCCUUCGACAUGUCCUCCGACUACCUCAUGUCCUCCGACACCGAGAGCCUCUCCUCCGGCAGCAACUCCGGCUCCCAGGACGCCGGCAUCUCCCACCGCUCCCGUCCACCCACCAACGCCACAACCGUGCCGGCCCGGUUCCUGCGCGACGCCGCUGGCAGCAGGUUCGCGGACCCCCCAGGGACGCCCUACACCACGCACAAUUCCACCCUGGCAUCAUCGCCCAGAACCGCGCCGGUGAAGAAGUCGCUGCUGCUGAACGGGUUUGCGUCGUCGCCGCUCAACAGGCCGGCUAGGCAGUCUUCGCCGAGUAAGCUUGCGGGCAACUCGUCAAGGCGGAUGUCGAGUCCGUCCCGCCCGAGGAAUUCUACCGGGGCAGGCGCGUCGGUGGGGGAUCAUCAGCAGGGGAGAAGCUCGUCUGGGUACGGUGUCGAUGGUCAGGCGAGGAGGAGGUGGCUUGGGGGCAGUAAGGUUGAUGGGGAGCACCUGUUGAGGAUCCUGUGCAAUCGGCAUUUGCAGUGGCGGUGUGUCAAUGCGCAGGCUGAUGCUGCACUUGCUUCACAGAAGAUGACUGCAGAGAAAGAUUUAUGUGAUGCAUGGAUUACCACCCUAGGCAUGCGUAAAUCUGUUGCUCUUAAAAGGUUUCAGCUACAAUUAUUCCGAAACAAUUGGAAACUCAUGACGGUUCUAAAGGGGCAGAUGCCAUAUUUGGAGGAGUGGUCUUCAUUAGAGAUGGACUAUGCAGAUUCUUUAUCUGGAAUUGUGGAAGCUCUAACUGCGACCAUUCUGUGCCUUCCUGUUGAUGGAGCAAAGGCUGACAUCCAAGACGUAAAGAAUUCCGUUGGCUCUGCAGUUGAUAUCAUGCAGACAAUAGGGAGUUCAAUAUGCACUUUACUGGCUAAGCUAUCUGGGACAAGUAUUUUGGUAUCUGACCUUGCCAGAACCGCUACGCAAGAACGUGCUCUGAUGGAUCAGUCCAGGGAGCUGCUGUCCACACUUGCAUCAAUGCAUGUCAAAUACUGUAGCCUACAAGGGCAGCGAGUACAGACAACUCACAGGAGGCUCAAGCACUCGUAGCUGACACUACUCUUAACUCACUAACUGAAGAGCGUAGGUGCAGUUUGCUAAACCUGAUGGGUGCCCACUGAGCGAUCUGACUUUUGGUGAAGUUACCUCGGUCCAUCUAUGAAGUGAAGUUCCAGUGCUCUUGUCAUGGUGGUGGUUAGUUGGCUAGGUUCUGAUUGCUGAAUUGAACCACGCUAAGGCCUCUGCGAACAGAUGAAAGUGCAAUGUGUAUAUAUCUAGCUCUAGUUUCUUUAGCAGGUCCUCUUAGAGUAGGUAGUGUAGUUAGAUUAGGUUCUUCUGUGUUUAUCCGAUGACCUUC